UCCGGUAGAUGACAGUGAGGUCCACACCCAGGGGGUUCGUUGGAGAUGAGAUCAGCCUCAUCUGAGCAUGGAGGAAAGAAAUGGAAGCCAAGGCCCUCCCUCUGUCUCAUUAGUAGGAAGAGUGGAAAGGACAGGACAGCGUGCUUCCCCUUUGGGUGAGGUAGUUGAUGUAGAAACCCAACGACGGCCCCUGGCCAACACAUCCUGUCCUCUUGUGUCAGCUGCAGGCUCUGUCCUUGCACCCACUGGCUCCAGUUCGGCACAGGCAGCAGGGGCUGGCCAUGACCCCUCACCCCACCACCCUUCUGGGCCUUGCCCUGUGGGGAAACCGGGGACUGGGCGUUUUCCUCAUUAGAGCUUCUCUUCCAGUGCUCUGCCUGGGCCAGAUAAUUCACAUGCAAAAUGGGCUCCUGCCCAGACCCUCCAUCAGAGCCGAGCCAGGCCCUGUGGUCGCCCGGGGGCAGCCUGUGACCAUCCUGUGCCGGGGCCCUGCUGGGGUUCACAGAUUCCGCCUGGAGCAGAAGGAGAAUACACCUACAUUCAUGGAUCAGAAAAAUAUACCUCAACGUGGUUCACUGGAGACGGAGGCCAGAUUCCUCAUCCCCGCAGUGAGUGAAGUCACUGCUGGGACUUAUCGCUGUGUCUACAUGAAAGGGUCCGAUUGGUCUGAGCGCAGUGAUGUCCUGGAACUGAAGCUGAAGGAUGAGCCAGUCCCCGUUCUGCCCUCAGAAGUCACCAGCAUCGUCAGCUCCGCUCCCCUCACACACACAGAACCCACCUCCUCAGCUGAGACACAGACAAGUUUACAUGGCAGUAACAAUCAUGGCCUCUCGGCAAAGUAUGUUUAUAUUCUCAUUGGGGUCUCUGUGGCCUUCCUCCUUUGUCUUCUCCUCCUGGUCUUCCUCUUAGUCCACCGUCAGCAUCAGAAAAAACACGGGCCCCUCAGCAACAAGGGUGAGGAGCAGAGACCCCAGGAGAGGCUCAGCCCAGCUGUUGACACCAUAGAGAGGACACCAGAUGUUGCCACAGUCGAUAAACUUCCUGAGAAGGACAGAGAGAUGCAUACCCCAAGCCCUGCUGCAGGAGACCCUCAGGAGGUGACAUAUGCCCAGCUGGACCACCGAACCCUCACACUGAGGGCGGAUAGAGCUGUGUCCCCACAGGCCACGGAGCCCAUGGCUGAUUCCAGCACAUAUGCAGCCAUUGCCAGACGCUGAUCUCAGGCCCACCUGGCUUCUGCACCUAGAGACACAGGAAGUCACUCUUGAAAGAGUCUGAAGUGGCCACUUGGAGGGCAUCCACUCAGUUCUCCUGGAGAUAAGAGCUGGAGUCUGGAGACCCUCUAAUCAACAUCUAGGAGAUUCAUUAACCAAGCAGCCCCUCUUAGGAUCAACCAGCUCCUUGACGCUCCCACGUAGCACUUGUUUCCAGAGACCCAGCUACAGGUACUGGCUGUUUCCAGACACCCAGCUACAGUUGUCCAGCAGUUUCCAGACACCCAACUGCAGUCAUUUGGCUGCUUCCAGAGACCCAGAUACAGUCCUACAGUCACCCAGCUGAUUCCAGACAUGCCCUGAGACUGUUUGAACCAUCUUCUUCUCAUCUGACUCUAAAGAUCUUCCUAGAGUCCAGUUGUUGACCUUGAACCUGGGCUAUACUUACGCAACUCGUAGCUGGGGCCCUGUUUUUCUGGAUCCUGCUUCACCUUGUUUAUCAAUAAAUGUUUUCACAGACCCAA